UUUAUUCUCCACAGUUCAAUAAGUCUCAGCUCCAAAUCGAUCAGAUUCCUCCGUUGCUCAAUUUUCCGGCGACUUCUCCACCGGAAUUUCUCCAUUUCCGGUUUUUGAUGAGUUAUAGUUGAAGGUUGCUUCACUUUUGGUAAUCUGUGGGAAAUGAGUGUUCAGUGAUGAAGAAAGUGAAGAGAAAGCUUGGGAAGUAUGAAGUUGGCAGAACUAUUGGUGAAGGGACAUUUGCCAAAGUUAAGUUUGCACGAAACACCGAGACUGGAGAGAAUGUUGCCAUUAAAGUCUUGGCCAAAAGUACCAUUCUUAAACAUAGAAUGGUUGAACAGAUCAAAAGAGAAAUAUCUAUAAUGAAGAUUGUCAGACAUCCUUGCAUAGUUCAGCUUCACGAGGUUUUAGCUAGCCAGACAAAAAUAUAUAUCAUUCAGGAGUUUGUCACUGGAGGAGAGCUUUUUGAUAAAAUUGUUCAUCUAGGUAGGCUUUCUGAGGAUGAAGCAAGGAGAUACUUCCAACAACUCAUAGAUGCAAUUGCUCACUGUCACAGCAAGGGUGUUUACCACAGAGAUCUGAAGCCUGAAAAUUUGCUUCUUGAUUUCCAAGGGAACUUAAAAAUUUCUGACUUUGGGCUUAGUGCAUUGCCUCAACAAGGAGUCGAGCUCCUCUAUACCACUUGUGGGACUCCAAAUUAUGUUGCACCUGAGGUGUUAAGUAACCGAGGUUAUGAUGGUGCUGCUGCGGAUGUGUGGUCAUGUGGUAUCAUCCUUUAUGUUCUGAUGGCAGGAUAUCUUCCAUUUGAGGAGACAGACCUUCCUACCUUGUAUACGAAGAUCAAGGCUGCUGAAUUUUCCUGUCCAUUUUGGUUUUCUCCUGGUGCAACAUCAUUGAUUCAAAAAAUCAUUGAUCCAAAUCCCCAAACUAGGAUCAAGAUUGAUGGGAUAAAACGAGACCCUUGGUUCCGGAAAAACUACAGAGCUGUUAGAGCUAAAGCAGAUGAAGUAGUGAAUCUUGAUGAUGUCCGUGCUGUGUUCGACGACAUUGAGGAUGCAUUUGUCAGUGAAAAAUCUGAAGAUAGUGAGAGUGGCCCUUUGGUAAUGAAUGCAUUUGAGAUGAUAACACUAUCUCAGGGGUUGAAUCUAUCCGCUUUGUUUGACAGACGUCAGGAUUAUGUCAAGCGUCAAACUCGAUUUGUUUCCCGCCAACCUGCUAAAGUCAUCAUUGAAACUAUUGAAGCAGCCGCAGAGUCGUUGGGUCUUAAGGUCCACACACGUGAUUACAAGACAAGAAUUGAGGGGGUAACGGCAAAUAGGGCUGGUCAAUUUGCUGUUGUGCUGGAGGUUUUCCAAGUAGCCCCCUCCCUUUUUAUGGUUGAUGUUAGAAAGGCUGCUGGGGACACUCUUGAAUAUCACAAGUUCUACAAAACCUUCUGCACGAAGAUUGAUGACGUCAUUUGGAAACCAAAGGAGGGCAUGUCAAAUGCUGUUCUGCUUAGGACAAUGACUCGCUGAACCAGAUUUCUGGGAAUGAGGUGAAUCACUAAGCAGUUUGAUGUGCUCAGAAGACAUUCACAUUUUGCUAUCCCCGCCCUGUUUUGCACGCUACAUCAUCGUUGUGUUAGGUACAGUGUGUGUAAUUGUAUGUUUACUGUUAAUCUUCGUCUUAUUGUAUAGAAAAAAAUAAGUGGUAACUGCAUAUCUUAUAUGUUAUCUGUAAAUCAUGGGCUCAAAAGCAAUGGAAUUGAGUGUUAUUUUA